AUUAAACAAAUCAGUUCUUGUAGACUGAAACAGAAACUACCUUGAUUCUCCACAGUUGCUAGCUGAGCACAUUCCGUUCACUUUCCCCAGAAAUGGAGCGAGGAGCAGAGGCUGCAGAGCCAGACCAACAACAGUUAAUAUGGAAAUCUGAGCCGGAAUCAAUGGUUUCUGUCACAAUCGGCAGAGCCAUGACCACUCUCCUCGCCACCCGUCCCAAGAAACUCCACCACUCCAUUUCUCGCCUUUCCCUCGACUCCUCCAUCAAAUCCUCGCUUGACUCUUUGGAUGAUUCGCUCCGGUUUCUUCACAAGUACACUCGAGAUGCGGUUCAGAGAGGCGAGACUUUGGAUGAGAUUCUGGUUCCCAUGAUCCAACACUCAUUGACGUUCAAGGACUCAAAGCAUGACAUUCAACCUAUGAUACUUCUCAAUUGGCUCUUCCAAGACGGGCUUCUUUUUCAAGCAGUUUCCAUGAAUCUUUCAAAUAUCAUUGUAAGGAAAGAUGACCGCUAUAUAGCUUUUGGUUGGUGUACUCUUGUACGAGGACUCAUGGAGUACGAAAAUGUUAUGGAUCAGCAUUUGGUUAAUGGAAUAAAGGAGAAAUACAAUGCUUUGUUGAAGACACUUUGCACUUCUAUACCACAUUUAUCAUGUAUUGCUCGCAAGGGAAGCAUUUUGCAGGAUAAAUUUGAGCUCCCUUCACGCCUUUCAGUCGCCGCUGCAGAUUGUUUGUUGGCUUUAACUGAAGGGUUAACGAAAAAGCCUGAUAUGCUAAGUAACAGAACUAAAACAUUGAAAUCCAGUGAAUCUAAUUCUCCAGUUAGUUUAUUAGCGUCAAGAAUUGAUGGGAGAAAAAUAAGCACAGGUCAUAAAUUUUCUGAAGUCGUAAACAUGGAUGUGUCAGAUUUGCUUUGGGAUUAUCUACAAUAUCUCAUUUACUUAGUGGAGAAACUUCUCGCUUGGAGCCGAAAAAGUCGUCCAUUGCAUGCUAAAGGAUUGGAGCAAGUGCUUAAGUGGUUGCAGGAGAUACAAGUGCAUUAUGGUGACCUUCAAGAAGAGGCACAGAUUCUAAAAACCAGAGCAUUACUACUCUCUUCAUGCUGGAAGCACUAUGGCACGCUAUUACACUUAGAGGAUAAAAAAUCUACUAAGCAGUACAAGGAAUUGUUGGACCAGUACUUGUCCGGCAUCCAGUACUAUACAAAUAACCAUGUCGAGGGGCAUGCUGAGAACAAGGAUGGUGGUAUAGAGACCAUAAAAUUUUUCAUAAAUUGCUUAUGCCUUCUGCUUGGGCGAUUUGAUGAGAAAAAAUUUGAAUGCAUAUUGUUGGAUUAUGGAAAGCAGAUAUCACAUGUUCUUUUAUCACAGCUUCAUUGCACUGAUGAAGAUGUAAUAGAUGGGGCUGUCCACAUAUUCAAGGUUAUCAUUUUUAAGACAAAUGAUUCAUCCGGAGGCAGUAUAUCUGACAUCAAUCAAAUGGACUCUGUGGUACUAUUGCUGCUUCACCUUCUUGAUGAGAGAGAUACUGCAGCUAGAGCCGUUGUUAUGCUCAUUGCAGAAUACUGUUCCAUAAGUAAUGAUGGUCACUGCCUUGAAGAAGUUCUUAAACGGCUCGCCUCUGGCAAUGCUAUUCAGAGAAGGAAUGCUUUUGAUGUUGUAUCCGAACUGGUUCAUAUAUCAAAAGAUUCAUCCCAUAAAGCUUAUCACUCAACCUGGCAAGUUAUAGCAAAUCACUUACUGGUAUGUCUUGAAUACGAAGAAACUGCAAUCCAGGAGGAAACACCCAAUUUGCUUCCACUGAUUGACCCAUCAUUUGUGUUGCCUGCAUUAGUUCGUCUUGUCUUCUUAUCAGAGGAAAAAGUACUACCAGUAGCUAGUGAGGCCUUAUGUAGAGUGCUCAAGCAUCACCACCAGAACCCUGAAAUUAUAUGCAUGAUGCUCGACAGUCUUACCAACCUCAGUCAGGGCCAAGCUGAUGCAGAAGCUGGAGCAAGCACAAGGAAAGGAUCAAAUUUAUGCGAUCGAGUGCUAAGGCUGAUCCCAGAGUGGUCAAAAACUGUUCAAGACUGGAAUGCAUUAAUUGGACCGUUGAUUGACAAGAUGUUUGCAGAGCCAUCCAAUGCUAUUAUCGUCAGGUUUUUGAGUCACAUAAAUGAGCAGUUAGCUGAAGCCGCAGAUGUAGUCCUUUCUCGUGUUGUUUUAAAAAUGAAAGGCCAGAAAGAGAUUGAUGAAGGUUUCUUAUCUAGAUGGGAGACAAGAACUUGUACAAGUGAUGACUCAAUGAGAAUGCAGCAAUCUUUGUUUGAGCGACUUUGCCCUUUACUCAUAAUUAGGCUGCUUCCGUUAAGAGUAUUUAAUGAUCUCAAUUCCUCUGUUAUGUAUGGUCAACUUCAUAAUGCGCCUUUUAUGAAUGAAUAUAGAGAUGUCUACCUCAUUGAUGAUGAUAGUGUUGCUGCUUUCCUUGUUAAUAGAGCAUUUAGUAAGUUUGAGUUUGAAGAUGUAAGAAAACUUGCUGCUGAGCUUUGUGGGCGCAUCCAUCCUCAAGUUCUGCUUCCACUUGUUUGCUCGCAAUUAGAGCACGCUGCAGCAUCUCAGGAUAUAUUGAAAAUUAUUGCGUGCCUGUUUUCAAUGUGUACAUCCCUUGCGGUGCGAGGGAAGGAGUCCCUUGUGCAUCCCUUUGUUCUUCAAAUCCGGAGAACAAUUGAAGUGAUUUUGUUAUGGCCGUCAUCAGAUGGUGACCAAGUUUCCAAAGCACAACACGGUUGCAUUGAUUGUCUGGCACUGAUAAUAUGUGCCGAGUUGCAAGCUCCUGAAUCAUUUAAAGACUGCACCUCAUGGAGGAGUGACAUUGUUGUUCAGAAAGGGAAUGCUACUGGAAAACUCUGUGCCCUCAGACAUGUGAUCAGUCAAUUAAUAAAUGAUAAGACUGGACAUAUCCCUGGGUCCGAGUUGCCAGAUGAAAGCCGUGAACCGGUUCCUGUUCCUUUUCGUCUAUGCAUGGCUAAUGUUCUCAUCAGUGCUUGUCAGAAGAUAUCUGAUGGCAAAAAAGCUCUAGCUAAGACAAUUCUUCCAUGUCUAAUUGGUUUUGCUGAGGUAAUAAAGCAACCUCAGGUUAGAGCUGCGUGCAUCCAGGUUAUGUUUUCUGCUGUGUAUCAUCUGAAGUCUGCAGUUCUUCCGUAUUCUUGUGAUCUGCUCAAGCUCUCUCUAAAAUUCCUUGGAAAGGGAUCAGAACAGGAAAGGAUGGCAGCUGCAAAGCUUAUGGCUUCUCUUAUGGGGAGUGAAGAUUCGAUUUUGGAGAGUAUAUCUCACCUAUUACUGGAAGCAAGGUCUGUACUUUCUGAUAUCACUUUGACUGAUCCAUCACUUGACAUUCAACAACUUUGUAAAAGGUUGCUAACGUGCAUAACUUCAACAUAGCUUCUCCUUUGCUGCACUAGGAAAAAGAUAUAAUUUAAAAGGUAGGUAGGGCAGUGACUUGUACGAUUUUUAAUAUAAGUAAAUCUUGGGAUUAAGCAUCGACACUCUUUCAAAUA